CACGUGGUGCGGGGAACGCCUCAUCUACGCAUGCGCGUCUGUGAUCAACGCUUCCGUUAGUCGGAGUGAUUACGCAGUUACUUAUGUGCGGUCCCUUGCGGUCUGUAGUGUGAACUGCUCCCGUACAGCGGCUACAGUGACGCACAUAUUGCGGCCUCGCCUACAUGGAGACAAUGGCAAGCAAUACAGCGAAGUAUGAAAGCAAAUCUAUAAAAAGGAAGAAAGAUAAGGAAAACAUAGAUCCCGAGACUCAAACACCCACAAACAUACCUUCCACUCUGUCAGACAGCCCUCAGGUGGAAGACAUAGCAACUAUGAUGAAAGAUUUAAGUAAGGAAGUAAACCUUCUAUUCUCUAACUAUGCAAAGACACUGAGUGAACGUUCCACUGUAGAUUCACUACAUGUACGUGAGUUUGAUAAAAUUCUUGAAGAAGCCAGAUCAUUGGAAAUUCAGAUAAGACAAAAGAAGGAAAACCUUAGGAACCAUCUCUCCAUGAUUGCAAAAACUUUACAAAGAUAAAGCAUGCAUUAUCAUUCAUUUGCUGUAAUUUAAAAUGUAAUAAAAAAUGUUUACAAAAGUUA